UCCAAUUUCCAAGUCUUUCAGAAGUGGCCAGAGGCGACACUUCAACUUUAGCCACAAGAUGAUGAUCAACUGGGGCUUAGUUAUCAUCCUCCUACUCUAUAUAGCAGAUGAGAUGACUGCGUCCCACCACAAUCGGUCACAUGUACGCAUUGUGAACGGAAAAUCCAUUCAUAUUGAACAGGCACCUUGGCAAGUUUCAUUACAAUAUUAUAACAGACACGUUUGUGGCGGCUCUAUUUUGAGCUCAACUGUAAUUGCAACUGCCGCACAUUGUGUGCAGCAGUUUAAUGGCAAACAAUUAAGUAUUCGCGCAGGAUCUACGUUUUGGAAGACUUCAGGACAGCUCGUUAAGGUAAAAAAAGUUACGCUGCAUCCUCAGUUUACUGUGAGUCCUAUCCAAAACGACAUCGCCAUUUUGCAUUUAACUACGCCACUUCAGUUUAGUCGUGCCAUCAAAUCGAUUCCAAUAGCAAACGAAGCGCCUCCACAUGGAUCCUUUGCUUUUGUUUCAGGCUGGGGUGUUAUGAAAGAGGGCACCGACUUAAUUUCAAAUAACUUGCAAUAUACGGAACUGAAGAUAAUGAAUCGCAACUUCUGCAGUGAUUCCGGAUAUAGCAAACAUCCUAAAGUACUUACAGAAGGCACGCUCUGUGCUGCCGCCGACAUUGCAACAGAUGCCUGCCAAGGGGAUUCUGGCGGCCCGCUAGUGGCAUAUGGAAAACUAGCUGGUAUUGUUUCAUGGGGCAUCGGAUGUGCUAGAAUGGAAUAUCCAGGAGUUUAUACCGAUGUCUCAUACUAUAAGGACUGGAUACAAAAACAAUUGAGAACUAGAAAAAGAAGUACGACAGCAAAAUCCACGACAAAUGAGUUGAAAAAUUAAUUUCAUUUAUCUGAAAGUCUUAUAUAUGAUCGUAUUUUAUUUUCAUGAUCUGUAUCAUCGAUUUAUGUGUUUGCUAAAGUUCAACUUACCAACAUUAAAAUAUAUUUGUGUUU